CGCAGUGCGCGCUACAGGAGGGCGGAGGCGACGCGCAGGAGGGAAGAUGGAAGACUACCAGGCUGCGGAGGAGACUGCUUUUGUCGUGGAUGAAGUGAGCAACAUUGUAAAAGAGGCUAUCGAGAGCGCGAUCGGCGGCAAUGCCUACCAGCACAGCAAAGUCAAUCAGUGGACCACAAACGUAGUAGAACAAACUUUAAGCCAACUCACCAAGCUGGGAAAGCCAUUUAAGUACAUCGUGACCUGUGUGAUUAUGCAGAAGAACGGAGCCGGGCUGCACACGGCGAGUUCCUGCUUCUGGGACAGCUCUACGGACGGCAGCUGCACCGUGCGGUGGGAGAACAAGACCAUGUACUGCAUCGUCAGCGCCUUCGGGCUGUCCAUCUGAGGCUCGCCGGCCCUCCGCCCGUGCCUGCGCGCCUCCUCUCCCCACGGCCGCGGGCUCCGGCCAGCACCUUCCUCCUCCUCUCUCUCGUGGCGCGCACGGCGUCGAGGACAGCCAGGUGACUGCCCUGUUCUGUGAACCGCGUAGCCAAGUCCGAGGACCGUCAUCCUGGGUGCUCGGGCCUCUGCCGCCACUCUCUUAACUCUGAAUAUUUCUUUUCAAAGGUGCUAAAAACUGAAGUCUGCUAGUUUGAAACUUUCUCUCUUUCAGAUACACUAAUUUUCCAUACUUUGUACUUUGGUUAGAAUAAUAAAUUAUUCCACUUUGAA